AGACUCAGUUUGCUCUCAUUUCGACUGACGCUUAACUUUGGCAAAGUACACCUCAAUAAAUUAGAUGAAAACCACAAACAUAUUUUAAGUAUAUGAUUAAACGCUAAGCAAUCAAGUUAGAAUGAAGUGGGUAAUCAUCGCAACCGCCACAUUGGCUUCAGUGUUAGCUUAUCACGACCCCGAUCUAAACUACCACCUGAGUCAAGUGCAAAAGUUACAGAAUUGUGGUGACGCUGGAUACUCCUACCCCGCGCCAGCAGUUCAACUGACGACAGCUGGAGUAAAAGUGGCAGCAGCUCCCAGUUACCAGUACUCCAAUGCUGGAUAUUCAGCAGGCGUCGCCUACCAAGCCGUAGCACCCAGCAUCACGUAUGCUGCCCAACCGGCCACAUAUCAAACCUCGUCCAUAUCACAAUCCAACUAUGCGACUGCUUCAAACGAAGUGCACGGAUACGCAACAUCAGCUGGACUCUCCACAGUCAGUGGAGCACGAAGAACUGUUAUUCCACAAGCUACCUAUGCUCAAGCACCCAUCAUCGCCAAAGUGACAGCUGCACCUCUAAUUGCCAAAUUCGCAAUUGCUCCUGCCAAAACCACAUACGUAGCUCAAAACUCAGUGGUGCAGCAAGCGUCAUCGGCAUCAGCAGCUAAGGCAUCACUGAAUUCGUACAGCAACGUCCAAGCAGGAGGACCUGUAGUGUCUCAAGUGUACGCAGCGCCCUCUGCCGGGUAUGCUACAUCGGCGGCUUUGAGAGUCCAGCAACCUCAAGUGUUCACCCCUCAAUACUCUUCUUAUGUGGCCCCAGCAGUGACUCAAUACAAUCAAGCUGCUUCUGCGCGUGCCCAUCUCGCGCAAUACGCUACAUCAGUGUCAAACUCGGCGAGCGGUUCCCAGUACUUUAGCCCAGCUGUGGCCCAAUACUCCGCUCCUGCCGUCACUCAAUACUCUGCUCCUGCCGUCACUCAAUACUCUGCUCCUGCUGUCACUCAAUACUCUGCGCCAGCUUUUGCAUCAGUUGCUCAAUACUCAGCUCCGAGAACGGCAUCAGUGACACACUACUCCGCUCCUAGUGUGUCUUCAGUGACUCAUUACGCUGCACCAGCCGUGGCUCAAGUACAAGCACCUGCACCUCUCGUCCACGCUGCCCCAGCAGUCCAGUACUCAACUCCAGUCUAUGCUCAAUACUCAGCACCAGCAGUCGCUCAGUACGCUUCAUCUGGAGCAAAUGUAGCCCAGUAUGCUACAUCCAGUGCAAACAUAGCACAUUACUCUACAUCCGGGGCAAAUGUAGCCCACUACGCGACGGCGCCCGUGGCUCAAGUAGCCACACAGGUGGCAGUGGCCGCCCCUGCAGCCAAGAUAGCAGCUCCAAUCGGCGUGAAGAACGUACACACAGAGUUUCUGGAAAAUUACGACGCUCACCCAAGAUACGCCUUCGAAUACGGAGUCAAUGAUUCUCAUACCGGCGACAUCAAGCAGCAAAAGGAGGAGCGUGAUGGUGAAGUAGUCAAGGGUCAGUAUUCUCUGGUGGAGCCCGACGGGUCGGUGCGGACCGUGGACUACGUCGCCGAUUGGAAGACCGGUUUUCACGCAGACGUCCGUAACAGCAAACAAAACCAACAUUAGAACUUAGCUGUAAAGACAAUCACCUACUUUAUCUACUGAUUAAGAUGUAAGAAUGUCUUAAAAGUCAAUUGAUCUAAGUUUUAGACCUAUAGGUUAGUCCAACUGAAGCCAAGCAGUACUAGUAUUCGAUUUUCAACACUAUUCCUUAUGUUCGAUUCUGUAAGGCUCAGACAAUAGUUUUAAAAUAGUUUUAAAAAAAUCUGGAAUGUGCCCAGAAUCUCUUUUGAGGGCUACUUAAAUGCGCGCUUAAUUAUUAAAGUUACAAGUGAAUGUAACACUGGUUUUAAAAUGG